UAUUUGUUGCCAUUGAAUGUUAGAUGCAUAAGGAUAAGUCUGAUUCAUGAUUGCAUCAGGAACAAGGGUAUUUCCGUAAGACCAGCCUUUGCAUAGGAAUACCAAACUCAUUCAUGACAGAACAAAAAGAUGAAGAGUCUUCUCUAGAAAACAAAUACACAGACAGACAAAGUCCACCCAAUCAAACCCAAAACCAAACCAGCCAUCACAAUUCACAAACAGAUAUAAAUCUUCUCUUGUGUUGUCUAUAGAAAUGACGAUUGGCCCCAGCUGGACCAAAAUUUAUUAUGUUACAAAGAAAAACAAAAAAAGAAAACAAGAAACAAAGGAAAGCAAAGCAAGGAAAGAUGUUAUCUUCCAAUGUCUUCCAACCAAACCCUAUGAAUAUGAUACUACUAUUAGUAGGAGGAGGUAACCCCAUUAUUAAUAAUAAUAUAUCACAAAUACCCUUCUGCUGCAACCUCCCAAAAAUCACUUUCUUUCUUUCUUCUCUCUUCAAAGUUUCUUCUUUUUCAACCCCCACCCCCCACAUCAUUAUUUAUUUUCUUCUUCUUAUCUUUCCUUUUUUUUUUCUUUCUUCUCCUCUGCGAGAUCUCUGUUGUUUCUUUUGUUCAUCUAAUUUUGAGAUGUUGAAGAGGAAGAUGAAAGGGGUUUCUAUUGAAUCAUCUUCAUCCCCUUUUUCUUAUGACGAAGAAUCAAGAAAUAGGUUUAAUAAACAUCAAAGUUUGGUUCAGGAUUUCAAUGAAUUGCAAAAGGAAACUGAUGCCAUGAAGAAGAAAUUGCAUAAAGAUAAGCAGAGGAAACUAACCCUUUUGGCUGAAGUUCGUUUCUUAAGGCGAAGGUACAAAUUCUUAAUGAGAAGUCAGUCUCCGAACACACCUGGGAUAGACGGAGAUCUAGGACGAUCACAAGCUCCUGUGAGUCAUAAGGAAUCCUACCGGAUGCCCAAGCCUUCUCCAGUAUUGGAUUUGAAUCAGAUUUCGAAUGGGGAAGAUGACAUUGGGGAUUAUUAUGUCAGUCAUCAUCUGGAACCUCCUAUGAGAAUGGAGAAGAAACCUAAGAGGAGUUAUUCACGCAGAGUAGAACAUCAACAGCAACAUCCUAGUGAUGCAAACGUGUUGGUUUGUAGGGAGGUAAUGAAUGGGAAUCGGCCUGGUAAGAGAAAAAUUUCAUGGCAAGAUCAAGUCGCAUUGAAGGUUUAACCUCUUUAAAGCAGCUAAAAUAUUCAAUCCCCUCUCUUUGUUUGGAAGAUCAAUACAUAACCCCUUUCUGAUCUUCUUAUGCUUUGAUUUUACAGUUAUAUAUAGUGUUGUUUAUGCUUGCAGUCUUUACGAAAAUGUUUCUGUUCUUAUUUUGUAAAGGAAAACGACUUUAUAUUUUUACAAUUUUUUUUGGAGUAUAGAUUAAGUUUGAGCAAGAAAACAAUGUGGCGACUGAAAAUAAGAAACUUUCAGAUAGGUUCCUGAUUUGAGUCAAUUGGUAUUUUCUCCUA